AUGAAGCCCCAGGAAACCAUGAUUUGCUGUUUAAUGUUAUUUCUGGCCACAGAAUGUUUUCACUAUAGAGCCAAGAUCCACACAAAAGAUGGAGGUAAACUUCAGCAUUUUGAAGAGAAACCCAAGACUGGAAAGAUACAAGAGAAAUGCCAUGGACCUUGCAUCAGUCCAUCCAACUGCAGUGAGACUUGUGCUCAGCCCUUUCAUGGAGAAAUAGGAUUUACAUGUAAUCAAAAGAAGUGGCAAAAAUCAACUGAAACAUGUACAAGCCUUUCUCUGGAAAUGCUCUUUAAGGACUUAAACAGUGUGUCGCGCCUUUCCAUCGCAGCACCCUCUAUACCUCUGCGCAUUCUUGACUUUCAAGCGCCAGAGCCCAUAGAGAGUGUAGUGCAAGGAAUCCGCAAGAACUGUCUACAGGACUAUGCCUGCAUAAUCAAUGUUGUGAAAUCCUCGGAAGCCACAUCUGGAAAUAUUGCAUUUAUUGUCCAGUUAUUAAAAAAUAUUUCUACAGACUUGUCUGAUAAUGUUACCCAAGAGAAAAUGAAGAGCUAUAGCAUAGUGGCCAACCACAUCCUUGACUCAGCAGCCAUUUCAAAUUGGACUUUCAUCCCCAACAAGAAUGCCAGCUCGGAUUUGCUGCAGUCAGUGAAUUUGUUCGCUCGGCAACUCCAUAUCCAAAAUGAAUCUGAGAAUAUUGUGGAUGAACCCUUCAUUCAGACGAAAGGGUUUCACCUCAACCACAAUACCUCAGAGAAAAGUUUCAGAUUCUCCAGGAACAUGAACAAUACAACAGAGGAUAUCUUAGGAAUGAUAGAAAUUCCCAAGCAUGAGCUAUGGAAGUUACCACCAAAUACAUCCCAAGCCAUCAGCAUAGCUUUUCCCACCUUGGGGGCUGUUCUGGAAGAAGCCCACUUGCAAAAUGUGAGUUUUCCCAGGCCAGUAAAUGGUCUGGUCCUUUCGGUGAUUUUGCCAGAAAGAUUAAAGCAAAUCUUACUCACGUUUGAGAAGAUCAAUAAAUCUCGGAGUGCCAGGGCCCAGUGUGUGGGCUGGCACUCCAGAAAAAGGAGAUGGGAUGAGAAUGCAUGUGAAAUGACGUCGGACAUCAGGAACAAAGUGAAAUGCCGGUGUAACUACACCAACGCGGUGAUGUCUUUUUCCAUCCUUAUGUCCCCCAAAUCUAUAGAUAACAAAAUCCUGGACUACAUCACCUGCAUUGGGCUUAGCGUCUCCAUUCUUAGCCUGAUUCUUUGCCUGUUGAUUGAAGCUACGGUGUGGUCCCGGGUUGUUGUCACAGAGAUAUCAUACAUGCGCCAUGUGUGCAUCGUUAACAUAGCUGUGUCGCUCCUGACAGCUAAUGUGUGGUUCAUUAUCUCCUCCAACUUUAGCAAAAAGGCCCGGGACCACAAAUGGUGUGUUGCAAUGACAUUUUUUAGCCACUUUUUCUACCUUUCUCUGUUUUUUUGGAUGCUCUUCAAAGCACUGCUGAUCAUCUACGGAAUAUUGGUUGUUUUCCAUAGGAUGAUGAAGUCCCGCAUGAUGGCCAUUGGCUUUGUCAUUGGCUAUGGGUUUCCGUUGAUCAUUGCUGUCACCACAGUUGCUAUCACAGUGCCAGAGAAAGGCUAUGUGAGACAUGAUGCCUGUUGGCUUAACUGGGAUAAUACCAAAGCCCUUUUAGCAUUUGCCAUCCCAGCUUUGGUCAUUGUGGCUGUGAAUCUACUUGUGGUUUUGGUUGUUGCUGUCAACACUCAGAGGCCCUUUAUUGGCAGUUCCAAGUCUCAAGAUGUGGCCAUAAUUCGGAGGAUCAGUAAAAAUGUUGCCAUCCUUACCCCACUGCUGGGACUGACCUGGGGUUUUGGAAUAGCCACCCUCAUAGAAGGCAAUUCAUUGAUAUUCCACAUAAUCUUUGCCCUGCUCAAUGCUUUCCAGGGGUUCUUCAUCUUGCUAUUUGGAACCAUUAUGGAUCAGAAGAUAAGAGAUGCUUUGAGGAUGAAGAUGUCUUCACUGAAGGGUCAGCCAAGAGUAGCAGAGAAUGCAUCGUUAAGCCCAACCAAUGGAUCAAAGUUAAUGAAUCGUUGA